GCUUCCUCAUUGUGAACCGAAAGGGGGAGCGUGUGCUAGGCAGCCUCCCCGUUGGCAGGUGCUUUCUGAAAGAUCUUCUAGUCCUCGCACUUCCUGAGGAGGCAGCCAGAAGAACAAAGCCCUCGGAGGUAGCUUUUCUCUUCAUCGUCCCGGCCCCGGCUGCCAAUUGGCCUCCCGUCCCCCCCAGCACCAUCCUGGGGGAAAGAAAGAGAUGAAGUGGAAGGAGAUUGUUAUCGCUGCCAUCCUGCAGGCACUGGUCCCAAUUACAGAGGCCCAGGAUUUUGGAUUGGCUGACCCCAGACUGUGUUAUCUUCUAGAUGGCAUCCUCUUCAUAUAUGGAGUCAUCAUCACGGCCCUAUUCCUAAGAGCAAAGUUCUCCAAGACUGCCAGAGUUUCUGCCUACCAACGAGAUCAGAACCAAGUCUACAAUGAGCUCUCUAUGGGACGAAGAGAAGAAUAUGACAUUUUAGAUAAGAGAAGAGGAGGCCAUGACCCAGAGAUUGGAGGAAAACAGAGAAGGAAGAAUCCUCAAGAAACCGUGUACAAUUCACUGCAAAAAGACAAGAUGGCAGAAGCAUACAGUGAGAUUGGAAUGAAAGGCGAGAAACAGCGGAGACGUGGCAAAGGAAAUGAUGUCCUGUACCAGGGCCUCAGCCCAGCCACCAAGGACACCUAUGACGCCCUCCACAUGCAGCCCCUGCCUCCCCGUUAACAGGAGUCUCCUGGCACCGACCACCUGGACAGGUCUGCAAGGACAUUGACAUUAUAGCUGGCCCCACCAAGAAGAAAGUCCCUCAUUUCCCAGCAACCAAAGCAGCCUCUCCUUACUUAUGGAAUGUAUCUCAAGUUACCAUUUGGUCCUGUCAAACUCCUGACUUCGGUGAACUUGACUUGGAAUCUUGUUGGGGAUUUCCAACCUCAGGGGUUGAGAUUUUUUAGUAACAAUAGUAAAAGAAUAAUAUUUCCCCAAAAGGUUACCCAGCCCUCUUCUCAAAUCCACCACUCCUGGUUCAGGUGUCUUUAGUUCCAACGUAGCCAAUCAAUCUCCAUUUAUGAAGUGCCUCCUAGCCUCCUAGCCAAAGCAUCAGCUGGUGAGCCCGCCAAGCUAGGAGAAGACUUCCAUCUCUGGUUUUCUCCUACUUCUGCCCAUGUUUUUCUUGGGACUCAGUGCUCAGAGCUGUGCACUGGAUGGAUGUCCCAACCCUCAGAGGUGCUGUUGGCUUCUGUGCUCUAGAGCCUUCAAGCCACUGCUGGUGUUCGCUGUUGUUCAAAGAGUCUGUACUGACUCCCCCAUUAGGAUUUCUCCCCCCCUCCCCUUGGCUUGGCUCUUGCUCUAAAUUUAGCUUCUCUGUUUUGUUGCCCCCACUCAAUUUAAAAUUUUUUUCCCUCCCUCAUCCUAUUUUAUAGUGACUUGUCCAUCCUAAAGUCUAAGAGCAAGAAUUAGAAGGGACCUGACAAGUCAUCCAGUUGGACCCCUUCAUUUUACAAAAUGAAGAAAUUGAGUCAAGUGAGUUGCCUGGGGUCAUCUAGCUGCAGAAUCAAGAUUCACACUCAGGUCUUGUGUCUCCCGAGUUCCUGUGAAAGGAGCAAGGAGAGGAUGGAGUAGGCCGGGUGGCAUGGUCCAUGCCAAUAUGGUGGUAUCUAAAUAUGACUGAGGAAAGUGGGUGCAGAGGAUAAAACUAGGUGGGGAGCUAGGAGAAGUGAUAGUAGUUUAGGCAGAACCCUACAGGAAUAGGGAUGGGGCAUUGGAAGAGAGAUUAAAGAGGCCAUUGUCUUGAAGGCAUCCAUAGAUAAUCCAAUGCCUCAUGAGCUCAUAAAGAUUAAAUCUGAUGGUGGUGCAACUCUGGGGGGUGGGGGAGAGAAGGGAAUGGAAGAGAAACCAACUGGAACUCAUGUAAAAGGACACGGCAUAGACGGAAAAUCUGACAUUUGGCCUUCUGGGUUUUAUUUAUACUUGUUUGCUGAAUCCAUGUGAUUUCCCCCCAAAUAAACGCUUCAAUGAAAA